GCCGAUCUAAUAUAUCAUUUACAAGUAGAUAAUAUCUCCAAAAUCAUUAAUAAUCAUAGAGCUGAUUAUAAACAGAUUCUUUCAAGCGCUUUCCAAUUUCCAGAGUUUGAAUUGGCUUUUGAGUUGUGAGUUCACCAUCCAGCCACGGUGUUCGGGAAAAUAUAGCUUCUGUACUUUGUGAGUAUCUCUAAUUGUAAGGACGGAGGAUCAAUCAUGCUGUGAUUUUGGUUAAGGGCGGUUCACGAGCCCCAAAACCGGUGGAACAACGCGUUAGGUUAAAGUUAGAGGAUUUCUUUGAGUGAUAAGUUACAAGAUCUGGAGUCAUUAAGAUGUUGACGAGUAGAAUAUUACUCAGGCGACAUGCUUCCAGCUUGAAGUGCACUUACUCAUUCAUUAGACGCUAUACCAAAGCUGUGGAGGAGUCUGAUAAUACAAUAAUUGAUGAUACAAACUUUGAUGUAAAACUGGAACCAUUGCCUACAAAAAAUCCAAUGCGACAGCCUUACAUGAAAAAUUUAUUUGUCGCAGAGGUUGAUCACGAAAUAUUAACAUACCCUGAAAUCAAAAAUGAUGAUAGACAUAAGCAAUUUGAAGAAUGGCUCGCACCAAUUAAAGAAUACAUCAACCAAACCUUUGAUGGUAAACAAACGGACGAAAAUGAACCACGACCACAUCAGGUAGCAGAGAAACUUGGAGAGUUUGGUGUUUUUCGUUCCACCAUAAGCCAGGAGUAUAACGGCAUUGGACUAAGUGCAAUAGAGUAUGCUAAGCUGGUUGAAGUAGUGAGUAAAAGUCCUGCAUUAGGUUCUUAUCUAUUCAGCCGCAUGGAUCCGAUUGCAGUGCUUAUGAAAUAUGGCAAUGAAGAACAGAAGAAGAAAAUCAUACCACGUAUUGUGAGUGGUGAACUAAUUCCUGCAUUUGCCUAUACUGAACAACAUGUCAAGAAAGGAUUUAUAUUGAAUGGUACUGCAACUAGAACAUCAUGUGAAAAAUUCUGGAAGCUCAAUACAGAAAAGAUUCAUGUCCCUAAUGGUAAUGAGGCGAAUUGUUUUUUGGUCCCUGCCAAUUUCACAGAAACUGAAGAUCCAUGGCAUAGGCCAACAUUACUAGGAGUUUUCUUGGCUGAAAGAGAACGUGGAGGAAUUAGUAGUUCCAACAAUGGUAUAAAAAUGGGCCAACAAGGCUUGGAAACAUGCACAGUUACUCUGAAAGAAGUAAUCCUACCAAAAGAAAACCUACUAGGUCAGCUUGAAUCAGGGUCUAAUAUUAUGCUUGAUGUACUUUUCCUAGGGAAACAUAAUGUUGGGUCACAGGUAGUAGCAUUGUUAAAAAAUUUCAUCAAUUUGCUGACUGAACACAUUAUUCACUCAAGACACUACGACAAAUCGUUAAUGGACUAUAAUUCUGCAAAAGGUAUUCUUGGCAAAAUGAGCUUGUCCCUCUAUGCGAUUGAAAGUAUGACCUAUUUAACUGCAGGACUGAUCGAUCAAUAUCAAGAUCAAGAUUGCAGUCUAGAAAGUGCCAUUGUUGAAGCAUAUUCAAUACAAGAAUGCAUAUCGCGAAUAAAUGAAGGGAUGCAACUGAUCGGAAAAGAAAGUUACUUGAAAAGUAAUUGUUACGAAAAGAUUUAUAGGGAUGCUUUGGCACUGCCAUUAUGGAAUCAGAAUACAUUAGAUUUGAUUACAUACAUCGCAACAAUUGGACUCCAACAUUCAGGAUCAGAAAAUGCCUCUAGAGUAAAAAAAUACAGAAAUCCAUUCGUGAAUUCUAAAUUCAUUCUUAAAGAUUAUUUUUUCCCAGAGGAAGGUCCAGAUCUCGCUCUGGAAGAAUACUUACACCCAUCACUGCAAGAACCUGCUAAACUGCUUCAAAAAAGCAUUCAUAUGUUGGCUGCUAGUACAGAAGAAUUGUUAGUCAAAUAUGGCGCAAGCGUUAGCGAUGAACAUUUGGAAUUACAAAGAAUUGCAGAAAUAGCCAUGGAUAUCUAUGCAAUGACAGCCAGUUUAGGCAGAGCCUCGCGUUCCCAUUGUAUUGGUCUCAGGCAUUCAGAUCAAGAUAUUAUUUCAGCUGCUAGUAUUUGCUGGAUGGCAUCUAAAAGAGUAGAAAUAAAUAUGAACGAAAUAUUAGAAGGAAAGCAUAACAACUGUGAUGAUUUCUUGAAGGGAAUUAGUGAGAAAAUGUUUAAGAACCAUGGUUAUUUUCCAGAACAUCCUCUCCAGAGAAACUUUUAAAUACCCAGUGUAAGUGAAGAGUACAAAAUAUCGUUGUAUAUAGCAUUCUAGAGCCUUGAUAUAGCAGUUCGUUCACAUCAACCCAUAUAACGUUGUAAUCGUUACAAUACCUGUUUAACUAGCAUUUGAAACAUUAUUGUUACGAUUUUUAACAAUAUAUUAUCCAUUGAAUUCCAGAAACAUACAAAUAUGUACAUUUGUGGCAUACCGCAGUGAAAUAAAGAACACAUUUUUCGGUGGAAGUA